AUGCUCGCUCUGCCUAGAAGCGGUCCUGUCCUCUUUGUGUGCUUACUCUUCGUGGGCAUUAUCGCAUUAUCCUGGCCAUUACCAUCGCCGAUUUUUGUCCGCCGACAGUUGGAGAUGGGGAGCCUUACUGAGUCUUUCACCAUACAUAUCAACGGGAAGCCAGUCGCUCCCGUUGCCCCCAACACCGACAGCGUUGUCCAGGCGCAACUCGGCUCUGAACCGGCGACAUUCACACUGAAGGAUGGCCGCCUGAUGUCCGGGGACUGGAUUCUUGGCCGAAAUCUCACCGAGGACCGGAGUAUGUUGCCAAAGAAGAUCUCUUGGUUCAAGGAAGGCACAGAACCCGCCACGAGACUGCAUGCAGUGACUGCGUUUGAAGAAGGCGGGGAGCACAAGCUCAAGUUCGGGGGCGGCUGCUUGAUCGCAGAAGAGGAUGAGAUCCUUGUAGAUCCGUUUGGAGGAGAAGAAGCUCUUUCCGCUUUACAAUUACAAUUCAGGAAGUAG